AUGGCAGCAACGAUCGAGGAUAGAGGACCGCAGCUCUUGGCGGUCAAUGUGACCUUUUUGACUGCCGCUCUGAUCUCCAUCAUCUUGCGAUGCUACGUCCGCUGGUUCAUGGUCAAGGCAUUCGGAAAAGAUGACUGGCUCAUGCUUAUUGGAACGAUCUUCUUUACCUUGUACGCCUCUUUCUCGACCAGAGGCAUCCACUUCGGAACUGGACGCCACCAUGCCGAUCUCGAAACGGAGAAUAUCCAAAUCGCCAUGAUGUGCUGGUGGUUUUGUUAUCUUUGGUACUCCAUGGCGAUGAUAUCGUGUAAAUCCUCCAUCGGCUUCUUCUUGCUGCGAUUCACCACGAACAAGCUCCAAAGAUGGACGAUUUACCUUGCCAUGAUGUCGACUGCGCUCUCUGGUGGCAUCUUCUUCUUCGUCACGCUGUUCCAGUGCCACCCUGUUGCAUAUUUUUGGAACAAGACUCUGGACGGAAAGUGCGUCAACGCCGACAUCAUUAUAGCCCUGGCAACUCUCUACAGCGUCUUCGCCGUUAUUUCCGAUUUGAUAUUCGCCCUUCUUCCCGGAAUCAUUGUAUGGCAGCUGCAACUCCACAAACGAACUAAACUGUCGUUGAUACCUCUUCUGGCCAUGGGAUGCGUCGCAAGCUCGGCAGUGAUUGCCCGCUUCCCAUACCUACCACUGUUAAAAAAGCCAGAUUUUCUCUGGAACACUUUGGAUGUUGCAAUCUGGUCCACAGUUGAGCAGGGACUGGCUAUUACUGCUGGCAGUCUGGCAACCUUACGGCCACUGAUAAAACUGGCAGCAUUCCGUCUCGGACUCACCAGCAAGCCUAUAUCACUACGCCCGUCAGACUACGGGUCAUCACCGCGCAUGCCCGGGUCUAGCACCCAAAACGGCUUCUCUUCACGCCAAGCCUACACCCUCUCAUCCGUCAGUCGUGAGGAAGCCGCUGUUGCGAAGAAGACUGGUCUCAACUUGAGCUCUUCAAGCGAGUCUAACGUUGGUAUCAAACGAGAGACGAAAUGGGAGGUCAAGGUGUCACAAGCGGGAACCAAUGAGAGCGAGGAGGAGCUGCGAUCCCCAAGGGUAUGGAUCAACAAAGGAGGGAGUCACUGGGAAGAAUGA